GUGGUUUUCCUGACAGCCAAUUUUGACAAAUGACAUGUCUGUCAAGUGUUGUCUUGGACAUUCACAUCGUCCAGCUUCAUCAUGGCUGAAUACCUGCUGUUGCUCAUCCUCAUGUAUUCCUUUUCUGAAUUGAAAGCACAAGCUCCUCUUCCACCUAAACUGACGGUGAAUCCACUGGUGAUCACAGAGACAGACUCAGUCACUCUGAACUGUCAGACUCCAUCGUCUGUCUCUGUGUCUCAGUGUUAUUUUGUCAUUGAAAGAAGAAGACCUGCACAAAGCUUCUCUUGUCUGAAGACUCUGACAGGAACUGAGCUGCUCACAAUGUCACAUCAGAGUUCACCUGCUGAGGUCGAAGUGACCUGCUCUUACUUAAAAGCGUCUCAGUCUCCAGAGAGUGACACGUCCUCCAUCAUCAUCCGAACCUCUCUUCCACCUAAACUGACGGUGAAUCCACUGGUGAUCAACGAGGCAGACUCAGUCACUCUGAACUGUCAGGCUCCAUCGUCUGUCUCUGUGUCUCACUGUUUUUUCUACACAUCAAAUGGAGGAUCCAUGAGAGACUCUUCUUGUCUGCAGACACUGACAGGAACUGAGCUGCUGAAGGUGUCAAAUCACAACAAAUGGACUUCAUCUGCUAAGGUUGAAGUGACGUGUUUUUACACUGUAAAAUUUGGAAAGUCAAAUUCUCCAUCUCCACACAGCGACACAUCCUCCAUCACCAUACACAGUGAGUGGCUGCUUUUUUCCUCCAUAUACAGACUUUAUCUGAUUUGAUAGAAAAUCAGCCACAAGAAAAGUGCUGUGCUGAAAUAUUUCAAAAGUGAAUUAGGGGUUACAAACCAAAAUGAAA